GGCAUGGGAUAGCGAAUCUGAUCCAGGAUAGCUAGCUAGAAUCGAUAAAGAUGGCGACAGCGAGAGACACCGAAGAUAAAAUUAUUAUCGCUAAUAAAAAUAAGACAUGUUUAUUCAGAUAGGUGCAGAAAUGAUACCUUUAUAACAAAAAUAAAUUCGCUCAUACUGUUGCAUUUUGUUUUUAACUUAAAGUCCCGUGUGCGCAAGCGAUUUGUUUUCAGAGGAGCUCCACAGUUCUAUGUCAAGUUAGCUGUGUUGGCUAGUUAGCCUAAUUGAAUCUCAAUCGCUUAUGGAUUUCUAGGAUCAGGACGAAUGUCGUUUGACUGAAAAUCGACUUUACGCGGGAUUGAAUUUGUUACAAAUUGUUCAUGAACUGAUUGGACAACAUCGUUUAUUUUACGUUGGGAAUAUAGCCAUUCCACUGGCCCGGUGACACGGAGAGUGUCGAGUCGGAGUGCCUGACCGUCAUGUAUUUUUUAACUGGCUGGCCCCGGAGGCUACUUUGUCCACUGAAAAGUGAAGAGGAACCGUUUCAUAUUCAACCCAACUCGCAGAGGUUUUACUUCGCUGUGUUGUCAGAGACUCAACUAAGCAUCUGGUUUAGUCGGCCCAGUGUUCUGAUAGUGAGCUACAUAGAGUCAGUGAAAGCAGCAGCCCAGUUUGGCUUCUAUCAGCAGGCCGAAUGGAAGCCGGACGAUUCCAUGAUAGCAGUGGCGGCUGCCAAUGGCUACAUCCUCAUGUUUGACGUGGUGGGAGGAGGAGAGGACAAGUAUCUUUAUGAGCCAGUCUAUCCCAAAGGGAGUCCACGUGUCAAGGUCACCCCAGGUUAUAAAGAAGAGCAGUGUGCCCCUGCUCUCAGCCUGGAGAUGAAGAGACCCAUCGAUCUGGAGGCUCCCAUCACCAGUAUUAAGUCUCUUCAGGAGGACUUGUUGGUGUCUACAGCUGAUGGCUACCUCCACAUCCUCCACUGGGACGGAGUCAGCAAUGGCCGGAAGGCGAUCAGUCUCUGCACCGUCCCCUUCUCCCUGGACCUUCAGUCAGCGCGCGGUGGUCCGUCUCUGGACCUGGAGGGGCUGCACAUCACAGACAUGGAGUACUGUGUGACUCUGGAUGGCUUUGCUGUGGUGCUUGACGACGGGAGGCUGGGAUUCAUCAGUCCUGUAGCCAGCAGGUUUACUGCAGAACAGCUGCAGGGCGUCUGGGCAGCAGACGUAACAGACGGCACGUGUGUGGCGGUCAACAAUAAGUACAGGCUGAUGGCGUUUGGUUGUGCCAGUGGCUCAGUAUUGGUGUACGUGAUUGACACCACUACAGGAUCCAUGCAGCUCUCCCACAAGCUGGAGCUCACCCCAAAACACUUCCCCGACGUGUGGAACAAGACGGGCGCGGUGACGCUGAUCCGCUGGUCCCCCGACUACAGCGUUGCCAUGGUGACCUGGGAGUGUGGCGGGCUGUCUUUGUGGAGUGUGUUCGGCGCACACCUCAUCUGUACGCUCGGGGAGGACUUUGCGUAUCGGUCAGACGGCACUAAGAAGGAUCCUAUACAGAUCAGCUCUAUGUGCUGGGGAGCGGAAGGCUACCACCUGUGGGUCAUCACCAGUAAAGAGGAAGCAGCGCUUGUGGAGAACAUGGAGGAGGCUCCACCUCCUACCCAGACCAAGCAGGCGGGCAUACUGCAGUUCCACUUCAUCAAAAGCGCCCUGACCGUUAACCCCUGCACGAGUAACCAGGAGCAGGUUUUACUACACGGGGAAGACCGUCUGUACCUGACCUGUGGUGACCCCACCCAGGUCCCAUCCAGCAGCUCAGAUGGCCCUCACACCCCUCACCCCCAUAACCUCGCCCAUGGCCUGGAGGGCAGCCCCCUUCACCACCGCUCCGGCCCCUCGGCCAACGCCAUCUCUCAGGGACUCAGCACUUUACUGGGACACAAGCACUGGCACGUGGUCCAGAUUCACAGCACAUACCUAGAGAGCAAUUGGCCUAUACGGUUUGCAGCCAUAGACACAGCAGGCCAGUGCAUAGCGGUGGCAGGAAGACGUGGAUUUGCACAUUACUCCAUGUCCUCCAGGAAAUGGAAGCUGUUUGGGAACAUCACUCAGGAGCAGAACGUGACCGUGACAGGGGGGCUGGCCUGGUGGAAGGACUUUGUCGUUGUUGCGUGUUACAAUUUCAUCGACCGGCAAGAAGAGCUGCGUCUGUACCUCCGGUCGUCCAACCUGGACAAUGCCUUCGCCUCCGUCACCAAGCUGCACUCUGACACUCUGCUGCUCAACGUGUUCAGAGACCUGAUCGUCCUCUUCAGAGCAGACUGCUCCAUCUGCCUCUACAGCAUCGAGAGGAGGCACGACGGGCCCAACCCGUCAGCCUGUGUUGAGCUGCUUCAGGAGGUGUCCAUGUCCCGCUACAUCCCCCAUCCCGCCCUGGUGGUGUCUGUCACUCUCACCUCGGUACGCACAGAGACCGGCAUGGCGCUUAAAGCCCCACAGCAGGCCUGUAUGGCAGAGAGCAUCAUGCUGAACCUGGCUGGCCAACUCAUCAUGCUACAGAGAGACCGUUCUGGACCACAGGUACGAGAGAAGGAAGACCAGAAGAAACUGCUGCAGUUCUGUCCUCCCGUGGUUCUGGCUCAGUGUGUAGAGAACGUGUGGACGACGUGUCGCAGUAACAAGAAGAAGCGCCACCUGCUGGAGGCUCUGUGGCUGUCCUGUGGCGAGGCCGGAAUGAAGGUGUGGCUGCCCCUGUUCCCGCGGGACCACCGAAAGCCCCACUCGUUCCUGUCCCGGCGCAUCAUGCUCCCCUUCCACAUCAACAUCUACCCCCUGGCCGUGCUGUUUGAAGACGCCCUGGUGCUGGGGGCCUCUAAUGAGACCGUCCUCUACGACGGCCUGCAGGGUCCCAGAGAGGGCCGGGAGCCUCUUGAGGUGAUGUUCCCUUACUGCACGGUGGAGAGGACCUCCCAGAUCUACCUCCACCACAUCCUGCGCCAGCUACUGGUGCGUAACCUGGGAGAGCAGGCUCUGCUCCUGGCCCAGUCCUGCGCAGCGCUCCCCUACUUCCCCCACGUCAUGGAGCUCAUGGUCCACGUGGUGCUGGAGGAGGAGGCCACCUCCCGGGAGCCCAUCCCCGACCCGCUGCUGCCCACCGUGGCCAAGUUCAUCACCGAGUUCCCCCUGUUCCUCCAGACCAUCGUGCACUGCGCCAGGAAGACUGAGUACGCCCUGUGGAACUACCUGUUUGCUGCCGUGGGCAACCCCAAGGAUCUGUUUGAGGAAUGUCUGAUGGCUCAGGACCUGGACACAGCAGCAUCCUAUCUCAUCAUACUGCAGAACAUGGAGGUUCCGGCGGUGAGCCGGCAGCACGCUACACUGCUCUUCAACACGGCUCUGGAGCAGGGCAAGUGGGACCUCUGUCGUCACAUGAUCCGAUUCCUCAAGGCCAUUGGCUCUGGGGAGAUGGAGACCCCGCCUCCAACACCAACCACUCAGGAACCCAGUUCGACGGGAGGCUUCGAGUUUUUCAGGAACCGCAGCAUCAGUCUGUCCCAGUCAGCUGACAGCAUCCCCGCUGGGAAGUUUAACCUACAGAAGACCUUCAGCAUGCCUUCUGGGCCCUCCACUAAAGGGUCUGAGCGAUGGAGUAAGGACAGUGACUGUGCUGAGAACAUGUACAUAGACAUGAUGUUAUGGCGUCACGCCCGACACCUCCUGGAGCAGGUCCGCCUCAAAGACCUAGGCUGUUUCUCCGCCCAGCUGGGCUUCGAGCUGAUUGGCUGGCUGUGCCGCGAGCGCACGCGGGUGGCGCGGGUCGAUGACUUUGUCAUGGCGCUGAAGUGUCUCCACAAGGACUUCCUGUGGCCGUUUCCUGUCAUCCCAGCAUGCUCGAUCAGCUCGCCCUUCAAGAACGGACACCGCAAGACGGUGCUGAGCCAGCGACUGCUAAAGUCCCAGUCAGCAGACAGCCUGUUGAACAGUGACAUGGACACAGCGCCCCCGCAGGCCUCGGCACGCAACAGCAACCACACCUGGCUGGACGGUCUGGGGGCACUGGGGCCGGAGCCUAAAGAGAUGAACACAACCUCUUCCCACGGGGGGCCACAGACACAGGAGGCCUUCCUCUCUCCGCUCACUAACAAAACGGAGGAGUGCAGUAUCGGUUCGGCCACAGACCUGACAGAAACCAGCAGCAUGGUGGAUGGAGACUGGACCAUGGUGGAUGAGAACUUCUCCACUCUGAGUCUGACCCAGUCUGAGCUGGAACACAUCUCCAUGGAGCUGGCGAACAAGGGGCCUCACAAGUCCCAGGUCCAGCUACGCUACCUGCUGCAUGUGUUCAUGGAGGCGGGCUGUCUGGAGUGGUGUGUUGUGAUUGGUCUGAUCCUGAGAGAGGCCACGGUCAUCAAGCAGGUGGUCAACUUCCUGGACAGCCCAGAGGUUCCUCCUGAGACAGUCCAAAGUAUCCGCUCCGGCCUGCUAGGAGUCGAUGCGUGGGCCUCCACAGACUGCCUGGGCUAUAAACCCUUUCUGAACCUGAUCCGGCCCCAGCUGCAGAAGCUGAUAGAGACUGCUGUGGAGCAGGUCCAGCCUGAAGCCUUCCAGCCAGGGGCUUCCAACCCCAACUCCAAGCUGACUGAGCCCCAGCCCGGGUGCCCCAGGGCGGAGGACAGUAGAGGGCCUGCUCCCUUGUGCCUGGCCCUGCCCUUGGAGCCCUCUGGAGGGUUAGUGACAGAGGACGGAGGGGCUCCAGAGGAGCAGGAGGAGCAGGCGGCAGACGAGGGGGCGUAUGACUGCACCCUGUCCUGACGUGCCCUGUCCUGACCUGGGUCGUGUUCAUUAGCCACCAAAACGGAAGAAAAUGGGCUGAAACGGGGAGGGACUACAUAAAAUGUUUUUUUUGCUACGGUGUGUGUGCCCUAAUGACUACAGCCCUGUCCUAACCUCUGACCUUGCUGGGCAGGUGAAGGGGUGUGGUGCGGGUGUGUGAUGGGACACAGGAUGAGGAGGAGGAAGGGGUCCUCAGACUGAAUACUCUGCAUUGUGGGUCUAGAACCAGUUUGUUGGCUGAUGUGGACCCAGAUAUGUUACAUCGACCGUGUGUGUGUGUGUGUGUGUGUGUGUGUGUGUGUGUGAGUAUAUGUGUGUUACCAUACUUUGGGUGUAAAACACAAGGACGCUCUCUCUUUUGUUUCUCUCCUGUCCGCCUACUCACCCAUCCCAGUGCUGGAACAGGGUCUGAGUGAGCGGAGUGGACUGGGCUGCUCCUGUGGUUGAGUGUCAGUAUUAUUCACUUGAUUACAGACUUGAGUCACUGCAAACGACGCUUGCCAGGCCACAGCCAAUUCAUAGCACCCAAACAAAAACAAAGGCUUACCUAAGAGAUCCAUACUGUACGACAGGUGGCUCAAACCUCUACAUUUAUUCUACUAUUUGAUCACAGACCAAGUUUUUGCGGAUGAUAAGUUUGGGCUUGUCGGGCUUUAUUCUGGAAUUAAGCGUACGAGCACAAGGCAGACAGUUUGUAGCAAUUGAGCUUUUUACCAAAAUGUGCUUUUCAGAUCAGAGAAUUGCUCGCUGUCCGUGUCGUGUGCUCGGCUAGGCUUCGGUGUCCGCCUAGAUAUAAAUGUGUACUGCUCGGCUGGCUUUUCUGUGUGACGUGAGCGGAUUCCCAGUCAGAUCACCGCGACGACUUGUAUAGGGUGAGCACAAUGAACAAAAAGCGUCCGUGAUGUUCUCCCCGACAGACCUGUCAACACAUGAACCUUUAUUGGCAGCCAUUCCACAGAACUGAACAGUUAAACCUUUUAUAUAUUUUUUUCACAGUUUGCACAAACGUCUAUUGUACCUUUUGUCGCGGAGUUAAGUUCAAGUAUAACUUUGGUACUUUUGGCAAGAAACCGCCCCUGAAACCAGUCAACUGUGUUGCCGGGACAUUUUACGAGACGCAUGCAUUGUGCAAGGGGAGGUGUCUCAUAUUUUCAUACCUCAUAGUGUACAGUGGAUUUUAAGAUUAUUUUCUGAUACCUUUGUCAAUAAUGUGGUGGUCGUCUUUAGGAAAUGAUGUCCCCUUAUUCCGAUGCAGGGCUGUGGCGCGAGAAUGUUCUUGGUCAAGAGCGAAGGCGUGUCUGUGUGUGCGACGAAACUGACAAGGUGAUAAAAAAAUAUCUGUUGCUGUGUCCUUGAGUAAGGCCCUUAACCCUAAUUUCUCCUGUUGCGCUGUACGACGGUGACCCUGACUGUGACCCCACUCCCUGCGGGAUAUGCCAACACAAAACCAUGUCCAUGAAACAAAACGUGUGCAACAGAACAAAUAUAAGCACCCCUCAAAUGAAUUCAACCAAACCGUGACUGACUCCUGAAGGGAAAAUCUAACCAUAUCUGAGGACAAACCAAAUGAUUACGAUGAUCCUGACCUGCAUCUUCACACACAUACUUGGCUCGAGAAUUGAAACAUUACUGCUCAGUUAAUUGGCUUCGGUCCUGUGGAGGAUCCAAUGGGAAGCAAACCAUAGGAGAAACAGAACUAUGUUCAUUCACUUUAUAUUGAUAUGCCAGAGUUCACUUUUAUUCGCCCCUUUUUGUAAAGACAAAAAAAAACUAUUGUGUUAACCUAACGUCGUAUAUCGUUAUCGUUUUUAAAGGUAGGAUUGUGUUUUAUCUCCUAUCGGUGAUUUUUGUCUUGCCUUGGGAAUUGCUGUGGCGUUGAAGAGGUCCUGGACUCUUUAAUGUAUUCAGAAUGAAUAUUCCCAUAGUUUCUAUAAGGACGUAGGUCUAUAAUGUCUCGGUCGUUAUCACCGUGGUAACAUACCAAAACCUUGGUCGCAAGCGGUGAUACUGAUAACAAUGACUUUAAGAGAAUCUCCAACACCGAAGCGGCUGCGUGUGUACGAUGUAACGGCAAAGACCAAGUGGUAUUGCAUCUGUUAAUGAUUCUAUAUUGUUGACUAAGUACAGUAUCCUCACAUGGAAUCGAGCUUUUAUGAGGCCGAGUGUUAUUCUUAUUUAUUGGUUGUGUUGUUAUUACUAUUUGAAAUAGUCAUUUUUAUUCUUCAAAUUAGUUUUUAUUUUUGGCUAUAUCAAAGCAGCUAAUCAAGAGCUAUUUAAUUGCUUUUGCCUCAACAUACUGUAGUCAUCUGAGUCAGUUUAGACCCAGGCCCAUAUCCCACCGCCUGACCCGAAAAGAGCUCUCCACCUAAAACUGGGCGUCGGUUCGUCACGCGUCUCAGAGUAGGAGUGCUAGGUUCCGUUUUGCUUUUCAGAUCAUAAUGUAUACGAUUACAUGGACAAGGCGGAUCCGAGUUGAAUCUGGUGUGUUUGUCCGGCGCUACAGCAAAAAAUGUGUGCUGUUCGGGGUACUCGAGGAGUUGAGGAACGCUGGUAUCAAAUCUUAUUUGUCACAUGUGCCGAAUACAACAGGUGUGGACCUUACAGUGAAAUGCUUACUUACAAGCCCUUAACCAACAAUGCAGUUUUAAGAAAAAUAAGAAAUAAAAGUAAUAAAUAAUUAAAGAGCAGCAGUAAAAUAACAACAGUGAGGCUAUAUUCAGGGGGUACCGGUACGGCGUCAAUCUCUGGGUAGUCAUUUGAUUAGAUGUUCAGGAGUCUUAUGACUUGGUGGUAGAAGCUGUUUAGAAGCUUCUUGGACCUAGACUUGGCGCUCCGGUACCUCUUUCCGUGCAGUAGGAGAGAAAACAGUCUAUGACUAGGGUGGCUGGAGUCUUUGACAAUUUUUAGGGCCUUCCUCUGACACCGCCUGGUAUAGAGGUCCUGGAUGGCAAGAAGCUUGGCCCCAGUGAUGUACUGAGCCGUACACAUUACCCUCUGUAGUGCCUUGCGGUCAGAGGCCAAGCAGUUGCCAUACCAGGCAGUGAUGCAACCCGUCAGGAUGCUCUCGAUGGUGCAGCUGUAGAACCUUUUGAGGACCCAUGCCAAAUAUUUCCAGUCUCCUGAGGGGGAAUAGGUUUUGUCAUGCCCUCUUCACAACUGUCUUGGUGUGCUUGUUAAUUUGUUGGUGACGUGGACGCUCUCAACCUGCUCCACUACACUCCCGUCGAUGAGAAUGGAGGCGUGCUCGGUCCUCCUUUUCCUGUAGUCCACAUUCAUCUCCUUUGUCUUGAUCACGUUGAAGGAGAAGUUGUUGUCCUUGCACCACACGGUCAGGUCUCUGACCUCCUCCCUAUAGGCUGUCUCGUCGUUGUCUGAUCUAGGAUCAGAUCCCCCUUGUCCAUGUAAUCUUAUACAUUAUGAUCUGAGAAGCAAAAUGGAUCCUAGCACUACUUCUCUGAGACGCUUUAUGAAUAGAGGCUCAGGGAUACUCGAGGACUGGAAUUGGGAAAACACUGCUUUAGACAACUGUUGGUGCUCUGGACACAGCGGUUCUGUUUAACUUACUGUGCAUGUAGGCUACGUUCCUCUAUUAUAUUAGGUCCCUACAACUACAGAAAGUACAGCAAUGGUGUCCACUUACUUACAGUAAGUACAUCAGUAUUAAAUUGUGCAAUUCUGAAAUGUUACUUUGUUUCAGCUUUAUCAUGUUUUUUAAUGUUUUUAUUUGAAUCCUUUUAUUUUCAGUUUUCAGCCUUUUAUUUGCAUUCUCUGCUCCUCCUUUUUUCCCCGUCACUCAUACAGACCAAAAUAUUUUGUAUUUUAAUCAUUAUUUUGCUGCAGCUUACUGUGUUUGUAGUGUACAUGGUGGUUUGCAGUUUUUUUUGUUUUGGCUCUGUUCUGAUUCUCACUUAUUGUUCUGCUGCAUUAAGAAAAUCCCUUUGUACAGUCACGACGACUGUACGCCACAUUGAUGUGCUUGGCUAUAUUCCAUCUCUGCUUUCAGUACGGUAUAGUAUAUGCAGUCAGUGGCUUACUUUUGCUGCCUGCUCUCAAACUGUGAGGUUUACCUAACAUGCAUACAGUACUUGGCUAACCAAAGACAAAUGUUCAGAGGCUUUCCGGUCGGUGUGUGCAGGUUGUUGAGAAGAUGAGUGCUUGUGUAGAGGUGCAUAGAUGUACAAUGAAUCCCCCCCCACUCCCUCCGUGAUGAGAAAGAUGACCAACCAUUGACGCUCAAACCAAUUUUUUUUCAGUUAGUUCUCAAGACUGUUUUUUCUGUAUCAUAUCGAAAUAGAUGUUAUGAUUUUCCACUUUAUGUUUCUGUCUGAUCUGAGGAUGAAGAAGCCUAUUGUUUUGUGUGUCUUGUCUUUGCUGCUGGGAAAAGCACAGUCAUACCAGACGCAGUGGUACUGUGUUCAAAGAAAGCCGGUGUCAAGGGCGUUAUAAGAACAUCUCUGGUUCAUGCAUACACUAUAUAGGUGAUCAAAGACAUACCGAGUGGAAGAGGACUCUUUUACAUCAUGUUGUACUUUAAAGUAUUGCCUAUCUAUGACACAUUACCUGGGUCAUGCAGACAGUUGGCCAUCUUCAAUGCAGUGUACAGUAUAUAGUGUUUCUUGUACAAUUAGCCUUUUCUACUAAUUUUUUUUGUUUUCUAUUUUAUUUUUUUCCUGUACAUAAAGAACAAUAAAUUAUUUUAAACAAAAAAUGA